CGACUUCUCUUCACUGAUCUGCAAGUUCUUCUUCCUUUUACAAAAAAAAAACAUAUCACCUUUUUUUUUUGUGUCAUCGAUCAAUAUAGUGUUUGAAUCUCUGAUUCGAUUCUCCGACCAGCUUUCAGUUGUCUGAAGAUCAAAAGAUAUGGAUAAGGUCACAAAACCGGUCUACAAAUUCGGCAAAAAGAUCGAGAAAUUUCCGUACGUUAUCGAUCUUGGAAGGGUCGUCUUUGCGGCCGCCUUCAUCGUAUCUGCUUGGCAAGAAUUCCGUGGAUUCGAUGGGAAUGGCGGGUCAGCAGCCGAGCAAUUUAGGCCGAAACUCGGUUUCUUAGCAAACCAGGCUAAGUAUUUAGUUGGGAUUGGUAUUGGUAUGAAGGCAAUUGGAGGAAUCAUGUUCAUCUUCAGCACCUACUUAGGAGCUUUCAUAUUGCUUGUGUACCAAGCACUAGUGAGCCCGAUUUUGUACGAUUUCUACAACCACGAAUACGACAAGGAGCAGUUCAACAUGUUCUACACAAGGUUCCAAGAGUUCGUGAACGAGACAGUGUCAGCCGAUGGAGGAGUGGCCACGAACUUUUACAACGUUGUCGUCAACGAUGAAUCUCGCCAAAAAUUCUGUGACCAACUGAAUGAGAUUGCGAGAUUAGCCAUCUCUAAUCCGUUAUUCACACCGAGCGAUUUCAACGCGGCGUUCAUGAAGUUCACCAGGGGAGUUGGUAUAGUUGGGGCCUUGAUGAUUUUCGUGGCGAUGAAGCACAAAUACGACGAAGUCUACAAGUCUUCAAAGCAAAAAAACUGAACGAGACAUUUACCAAAAUAUCCGAAUGAUUUGGAUGUCCAUAUCCUCCAAUCAAAGAACAAGAAAGUUUCUUCCCUUUUCGAGUUUUUAGAAUAUUCUGGUUACUUUUUACGCAUCUUUACUCUUUUCCUUUGUAAUAAACUUGCAAUAUUUGAUUUAGGGUUUGGAAUUGUUAUAAUAUUUGGAAAUUUCGAAGUCAACG